AAGAAGACGUAGCAGCAGAAGAAGAAGAAGAAGCAGUCAUGCAGUACACAGAGAUGGCAGGAGUGUUCGACAUAGACUUGGAGACGGAGGACAUCAGUGAUGCAGAGGAUGAUGUCUGUGACUUCACUGCCCCAGAACCAGAGAAUGGUCCGACGGAGGAGGUGGAACUGACCAGUGAGAGCGUCAACAGAGACAGUGAGAGAGUUGGGCCCGACUGCUUUGAGCUUCUUACUGUGCUGGGAAAAGGAGCAUAUGGCAAGGUUUUCCAGGUGAGAAAGGUUCAAGGAGCCCAGAUCGGGAAGAUAUUUGCCAUGAAGGUGCUGAAAAAGGCUAAGAUAGUGUGUAAUGCCAAAGACACUGCUCACACACGAGCAGAGCGGGAGAUCCUGGAGACGGUGAGACACCCGUUCAUCGUGGAUCUGCUCUAUGCCUUCCAGACCGGGGGGAAACUCUACCUCAUACUCGAGUGUCUAAGUGGGGGGGAGCUGUUCAUGCAGUUGGAGAAGGAAGGCAUCUUCAUGGAAGACACUGCAUGUUUCUAUCUAGGAGAGAUCACAUUGGCCCUCGGUCACCUCCACUCGAAUGGGAUCAUUUACAGAGACCUCAAACCUGAAAACAUCAUGCUCAAUCACCAAGGACACAUCAAGCUAACUGACUUUGGCCUGUGUAAGGAAUCGAUUCACGAUGGAACGGUCACACACACCUUUUGUGGCACCAUAGAGUACAUGGCUCCAGAGAUCCUGACCAGGUUGGGCCACAACAGAGCAGUAGACUGGUGGAGCCUGGGGGCCCUGAUGUAUGAUAUGAUGACUGGGUCUCCUCCAUUCACAGCUGAAAACAGGAAGAAGACCAUUGAUAAGAUCUUGAAGUGUAAACUAAACCUACCCCCAUACCUGACCAUUGAUGCCAGGGACCUCAUUAAGAAGCUGUUGAAGAAGAAUCCAGCCCAGAGACUUUGUUCCAGUCAAGCAGACUGUGCUGAUAUCCAGAAACAUCCUUUCUUCAGGCACGUUAACUGGGAUGAUCUACUGAACAAGAGAGUGGAGCCGCCUUACAAGCCCCAGCUGCACUCAGAUGAGGAUGUGAGCCAGUUUGACACCAGGUUCACCAGACAGACACCAGUGGACAGUCCUGACGACACCUCACUCAGCCACAGUUCAGAGCUUGCCUUCGCUGGUUUCACCUACGUGGCUCCAUCGGUCCUAGAGAGUCUAAAAGAAGGCUUCUCAUUUGAACCCCGAACACGACCUGUCCGCCGACACAACAGCAGCCCACGCACACCCAUCAGUCCCCUGAAGUUUUCUUCUGCCGGGCCCUUCAAGUCAAGCACUGAUGGAGAGCUGGACCCUUUCUCUCCCACUUCCCCGCCGUCAGCCCCGGUUCCCGUGUCACUGGAAAACGGAGCUGCCAGUCAGCCAAUCAGGACCCCUGCGAGGAACAAGAAGCAGAAGGGACAUCGGAGAUGAGGAGGAAAGGUUCAGAGUCAGCCUGUGCCGCAAGACUUUGGUCAGAUUCAUGUUUUCUCUUGAAUACAGCAGGUAUUGAGGCACAGAGCUGAAGGUUUUGGUUUUUUCUGAUAUGCUUUUUUUGAAGUGGUUUAACUCAGAGGUGUCUGAAAAGCCAAAAGCUUUUUUUUCCUGUCAAAUUUAAGUUAGAAAACUCAAACACACACGGCUCAUCUUGGGUCUUACUUUCCAGCUUAUCUUAUUUGUCAUAUUGACUGUUUAAAGGUAGAAUACUUCACACAAACUUCACUGGAUCAACAUGAAUAUUUAUGCUUUAACAUUUAGACUUUAGAGCCUCAGUUUGAUCACUGUCGUCAGAUGGCCACUUAAUUGUGCAAAGCUUUGUUAUAUCUGCACUGGAAAAAUAAGGACUUACGGAAUUUAUUUUUUUUUCAAAUAAGAUCAGAAUAAGGACAAUUUUCUUCACCACUUUUCCUAAAUGCAUCAUGGGCAGAUAAGGUUGUGUAAAUGAUGGACUGACUGCUAAGUGUUUUAAUUUUGUAUGUUCUCCACAUGCUAGAAUUAUUACAGCUAAAGGUAAGCUGUCAUAUAUGUUUUUUCGUUGAAUAAGUUAGGUAGAAUCAGCUUUUAAUUAGUUCAUCAGAGUUCGUCAAAGAGGUCGGUGUUUGAAUUAGAAAAAUCAAUGAACGAUGUUUUGCUUGGAUUCUUUUUCAUAAAUGGGACAAAGACCUUCAGCGCUCAUAGAAAUCUACUAAAUGCUACAUUGCACACAUGGUUCUUGACUGUCAGGUGAAAAUAUGGAAAAUCUUUGUUUCUCUGUUCACGUUUCUUCAUGUCUGCUGCCAAAGGUUUCCACACUUGCUGUCCUCAUAUUGUAAAAACGGACCGAUCACAUUAUAUUAAGGACUGAACAAAAGGGACACGCUGUAUGUAUCCAUCAGGUCAAUAAGGAGGAAUCACAUACAGAGCAUCCAUAAAAACAACAAUGUACAGUCAAAGUGGUGCUCUCAGAAAAAAAAGAAUUAUCUUGUAUAGAAAGAGUAUUUUGGGUUACAGAAGAAACCUAUUUUUACACAUAUAACUUAGGUCAAAAUAAAAUGCUUCAUAUUACGAAGUGUUUGAUUGCCAUUGCCCGACAUAGCCAAACACUUACUCAGAAGUUAGAUGGGUCAUAGGAAGGUUGUGAGGUUCAUUUGAUGCCAACAUUUUCUCAGCAAUGCAUUUGUUCUUAAUCAGUGGGUUAUAGAUUGAGAUCAAUCAGACUAAAUCUUUGUACAUGGCUUUAUAGGUAUAUAGUAUUAUUUACAAUAAAAAAAAAAGAAAAAAGAUUGCAUUAGUCUUUAGGUGCAACAAGAAAACACGGGCAGCUCCAUGAAGCAGCAGAGGCUAAAUAAGUGUAAAUAUUGUAACUGAAUUCAAGACAACAGACAUGAUGAAUGGUAAAAUAAUCGAUCAGCUGCAUAGCUUUAAACCAUUGUCUCCACAGUGCAAUGACAAAUGGACAAUUAAAGAUAACAGAGACAGACAGACACACAUGUAUUGUAGUGAUGGGACAAAAUGGGAACAACGCUGCGGUGCAAACAGCUCACACAUGAGUAACGGCUGCAGAAGUAAACGUGUGCUUCUAUUCAUUAGCUUAAUCAUCAUAAAUCAUUAGCUUCCUGUCCAUCGUGGUCUGUACUGGAGAAUAAAAUAAUAACUAGGUGUAAACUAUCCUUUGAAUUGUAUAUAUGUCUUAAUUUAUG